AUGAACUCUGAUUCUAUGAGAAAAACUCAUAGUAGCGGAUUUCGCCUAAAUCAAAGAAAGUAAAUAAAUGGAAAAAAAGUAGAAAAUGGUACCCAAGUGGAGGAUGUUGUCUCAAAUGAAGGAGAAAAAUAUGUACAUUAAUAUCCUAAUCCAAAAUUGAAAAUUUAGUUGAACAAAUAAGUUGCCAACAACCAAGUAGAAACGGUAGGGACAUAAGAGAAAUACCCAGGAUAUGAAAUAACUGCAAGAAUAACAAAAGAGAAUUCAUUUGAUUUAGCUUAUAAAGCUAAGUUAAUUGACCUCAUUGAUAAACUUUAUUUAAAUGGUUAUUUCUAAUUAUCUCAUUAUUUUCCUCAUAGAUUGGGAGAAAAAUAUAAAAAUGAAUUAGAAAAUGAAUUUAAAGAUCUAUAACUUUAGAUUAAAGAAACGUAGUUUGAGAAAGCAGAUUUUUUGUUUUAUAGGGGGAUUUAUUAAUUCAAAGGUUAGGAAAAGAUUGGAAUCACCCCUGCUUUGUAGAUGCUUAUAUUUGAUUAAUUCAUAUUGAAAGACUUGGCAGAUGAAGCAUAAUAAUCUGGAUUUGAUUUUGUAUGUGAUUUUCACAAAUUAUAAUGCUCCAUCCCACCUCCUACUAAUACAAUACAAAGUGUGAAGGGUCACAUAGAUUAUUUUGUGAAUAAUGUAUAAAAAAAAUUAGAUGAAUAUUAUAUACUUAAUAUUGAAACUCAAACAAAAUAGGAAUCUAACAUAAUCUAUAAUUUGGUGAAAUAAUAUCAAUCAAAGAUUACAGAUAUUCUUGGAACAAAUUUUGAUCCUGUCAUAAUUAAUCUCAAAGAUUUAAAGGAUGGAAAUGGAACAAAAUUACCUGAUGAAUUUAUUUCUUAAAUCAAAUUAACAUUAAAAUAUGACAAAUUCUAUUUAGUAAUAGAAAAAAAGGAUAAAGACUUAAGUUUAUUUCAAUCAGAAUUCAUAAAACUUAUCAAUAAAAAUUAUUUCAUUUAACAUGAUAUUAAAGAAAUAUCCAUUCAAUUUAGUGAAUGUUAAGAAACUGCUAAAUAAUUAGAAGACUUGUAAGAAAAGUUUAAGAAUAUAAGUAUCAUAGCAUCACAACCGAAGUAGAUUAAGUAGAAUUAAUUAGAAGUUAAAUUUAGUUGUGAAACUUGGCUGGGUCCUGGGGAAAAAACCUUUAAUGUUGAGGAACUCUAUGCCCAAUUAGAUGCCUAACUAUAUUAAAUUUAUAAUCCUUAUGUUCAAAUCCACCUAGAAGAAUCAAAAAUAUAUAUUUGGCAGGAAUAUUUGAAAGGGAAACUUAAUAAAUCAUUGAAUGAACAUAUAACUGAAGAUAAAAUGACGAAAAAGAAUGAAAAUGUUUUUAUAGUAAAUAUUUCAACAAAACUUACAAAAUUUUAAGAAGAAAGACAAAAAAUUAAAUAGUAGUUGGACGAAUUGUCUCAAGCACAUAUUGAAAUAUAGAAUGAGAAUUUAUAACUACAAAGUCUAAUGUCUUAAAUGAGUUAAAGUGAUUUAGAUAAAAUAAUAAAUAAUUUCCAACAACAAGAAAAGGAAAAAAUAGCAUAAAUUAGAUUAGUAGGUAUUCAGUUAGGGAAAUUUUAAUUUACAGUCAUUUAUUAAAAUAAAUAUACAAUAAAUUCAAUUUAGAAUUAAGUAAAAAAUAACCUCAUUAAUGACCUAAAAUACAUUACUUUUAAAACUCCUUUCCUCCAAAUCAUUAAUCAUCUUCAUUUAGAAUUUCCAAAGCUGAUUUCGGAAAAAGAUAUUGUUCCUAUAAUCCCAUAAGAAAAUACAUAAUAAGUCAUUCUAAUAGGAAGAAGCUUAGAUUUAGAGCAAAUUCAAGUCAUAAUUGAUGAUAUGAUUGAAUAGUUUUAGGAAUAUAGAAUGGAAAUCUAACUUGUUAUCAAUUAAAAAUCUCUUGCAGAUGAAAUACAAAAGAAAUUGCAAUAACAUUAAUUUUGUAUUUCAUUAUAUGAUCCAAAAAGGUAGUUGUUAAAAAUCGAAUUUUAUAAGCAAGACAUUCAGAAUAUAUUUAAAAGCUUAAAAGAAUUAGAAAAAUCUUAUGAGAUUUUGAAGGUAUAUCAUUUGAUGCUAAUUAAAUCGAAACCAAAUUUAUAAAAGAGAUAGAGAAAAAAGAGUAAGUUAUUAUUGAUGUUAAAAAUAUAUCUAUCAUUGAUCCUAUUUCAGCUGAAGGUUUUCUUUUAAGUACAGAAAAUAAUGCAAAAAUAAAAUUCAUUUAAGGAAAUAUCUCAUAAAUUAAAUGUUAAGCGAUUGUUCUAGAAUUUGUGAAAAAUGUUGACUUUAGUAAAGAGAUAAUUUAAAAUGAUUAAGUCAAAACUCUAAUAAACUUCAUCGAAGGAGAAGAAAAUAAAGAUAAACUAUUUCAACAUUGGAAAUAUAUAAGUAAAUUAAAAGAUAUAGAAGAUGUUAUUCAUAUAGAAUUGCAUUUUCAAAAGCAACUAAAAUGUUUAUUUCAAGUAUAUCCAAAAUUUUAUCGAAAAGCUACAAAUUUUGAUUAUUAUUAAUGUCAUAUUCACUCUUUGAUCGCAUAAGUAUUUCAAAAAUGCAAAAAUUUGAAUAUAACAUAAGUUGCAUUUCCGCUCAUUGGAUCUGGUGUAUUUGGAAACAAUAUAAAGCAAAUAUAAUAAUUUUUAAUUUCGGGAAUUAUUUCCUAACUUUCAUUAUAAAAUUGCAACGUAUCGUAGGUGUUUAUAGUGAUAGAGAAUGAAUCAGAUUACACAUAAGUAUAAUAAUAUUGUCAAAGUGUUUAAUUUUCUUUAAAGUCUACUUAAGGUGAUUUUCAAGAAACCAUGUAGAGUUCAAGGAAUUCAUGCUGCUAAAUUGAAAUGGAUGGCGAUUUCAUCCCUAUUGAAGAUUCUGAUGCUAAUGAACUCAUUAAUAAUUAAUAUUUACAACUAAAAAUGGGUGAAUAAAUUGAUCCAUUUCCUAUUACUUAUCCCUACUCAAAAUGUCCCUUUACCCAUUCAAUUGAUUUGAAAAAUAAUAGAAUGAUAGACAACAAAACUUAAAAAGAAUAUAAAAUUUAGUAUAUGGAAUUGUUUAAACAAAGAAUAUACUUCAUUGAUAUGCAAUAAGUCUCAAAUAGUCUAAAUCAAUAUUUAAUAAUAAAGCACGAAUAAUGCAAGUUGAAUUAAUUUGAAAUAUAUUAUACUUAAGACUAAGUGAAAAUUAAGAAUAAUGAACUUUACAUCAAAACCAAUGAUUUUGAUGAUUUUAAAAAAGUCAUUUUUACAUAAAGGCCAUCUACAAGUUAAAGAAAUAGAGAAUCUUCUUAAUUUUUUUAACUAUCAUAAUCUUCGAUGGAAAAAGACUCUAAAUUACAAAAGUUGUAAAUUGAGAUUCUAUCUGAUUCUGAAUAAAAAAUUUCCAAAGCAUUGUAUUAAUUAAAAUAGACUUAUACACGAAUGGCAUGA